AUGUUGUUUUGUAUAUUUGCUGUCUAUGCUUUAUUUCUAUCAAAUAUUUAUUCAUAUGAAUUUCCAUUUUCAACAUUGGGUAAUUCAAUAAUUGAUGCCAAUGGUAUAAUAGUUCGAACGAAAUGUGUUACUUGGCCAGGAAGUAUGGAAACAUUGUUACCAGAAGGCUUACAACAUAAUUCAAUAGAUAAUAUUGUUUUACUUAUAAAAGAAAUGAAUAUGACUUGUGUACGUUUAACGUAUUCGAUUGAUGUAACACGUUCAUCUAAUUUAACUGUUUAUCAAUCAUUGUCAAGACUUAAUUUAAUAUUAGCUUUAGAAGGUUUUAUAGAAAAUAAUCCACUACUUAUUCAUAAAAGUAUUUCAUAUGUAUUUGAUUCUGUUUUAAAUACACUUGGAAAAUAUAAUAUUUUAGUCUUACUUGAUAAUCAUAUUAGUAAAGCUAUGUGGUGUUGUCAUAAAUUUGAUGGAAAUGGGUUUUGGGGUGAUCAAUAUUUUGAUGUUGAACAAUGGAUUGAUGGUUUGAUAUUUAUGGCUAAAAAAACUAUUAAUCGCCCAUAUGUUAUUGCAAUGAUCUAUGAAGCCCAUUGGUACUCAUGGUCAAAUUAUGGUCAUUCAAAUGAAUGUAAUAAAAUGAAGGCAGGCAUUCAAAAUGCAUGGGGAUUCAUCUUAGUACCUGAUCAUUCUUAUACAGCUCCUGUUUGGUUAACGGAAUUUGGUACAAAUGUCGAUCAAUUUACAGGUGAUAAUACUUUUAUUGAUUGUGUUAAAGGCUUUUUUCAAACAUCAUUCACUGAAACAAUGUCUUGGUCUUAUUGGGUAUUAGCUGGCAGUUACUAUAUUCGAUCUGGUACAAUUGAAUUACAUGAAUCGUUUGGUUUGUUAACAGAUAAUUGGAAAGAAAUCAAAUCAAAAUCAUUUAUCGAUAUUCUUUCAACAAUGUAA